AGUUGUUCGUAAGACAUUACGCUGAUACAAUAUUUGACUUAGGACUAUCAAAUAAAAUUGUAAAUCUUGAAACAAUCAGGACGUAAAUCUAAAUUGAGGAAAGUAAGAUGUGCUGACUGCUACAUGUACUACACAAAACAAAAUAAAAACAUUUAAAGCAUCUAAUAAAACUAAAUAAUGAAGACAGCGAAAGUUCCUUCGGUUAAGUCCAAAUUCAGUAUCGAUGCACUACUCGGAAGAGACAGAGACAGUCCGGAGCCCGAAUCAAAGACACCACCAAUGAGUCCGAGCUCAUCGGAAUCGAUGCGAUCCACCCCGGUGAGCUCCCCGUGUUCGAGCCCCAGUCUUAGCCCCGGGGGUAUGGGAGGAAGCAGUAUUGUUCCUAAACCUGGACUCUUACAUAUGCAUGGAAUGAAUGGACAUAAUAUGAGCACUGCGGGUCUCCUACCAGGAAUGUUCGCGCACCCUAUGUACUCGGGUCUAGGGGGAUCUCCCCAUGGACCCCAUCCGAUGUUGCCGGGAAGUGCAUUCCACUCCCCGGCAGAGCAAGCUUUAAAGGCAGCCCAGGCCCAGGGAAUGAACCUCGACUGGUUAGCGAGGGCGGGGAUGUUCAUGCCAAGGGUGAUGGACUUUGCAGGUGCCCAACAACAUAAUCUACUAGGAAAAACUAGAAGACCAAGGACAGCGUUUACGAGUCAGCAGCUGUUAGAGCUAGAACGCCAAUUCAAGAUGAACAAAUACCUCUCUAGGCCCAAGAGGUUUGAAGUCGCCACCUCUCUAAUGCUUACAGAAACCCAGGUGAAGAUCUGGUUCCAAAACAGACGAAUGAAAUGGAAACGUAGCAAAAAGGCCCACAUGGAGGCAAAAGCAAAGCAUGCAUCUGAUAAAGCGAACAAGCAACUUCACAAAGACAAUGUUCAUAUCCCAAAACUGGACAAUCAAAAUGCUAACACAAAUACCGACAAUCAAACUGAGACAAUCAUAAGUAACAUACCCGCUGGCAGUAGUGCGCCAUUGGGGCUCCAUAAAACCACAGUAGAUGAAACAGCUCUUAGACUUAAAGACACUGACCAAGUUCGUGGUCCACAGAUGUUACAAGUGCAUCAAACUAAGGUGCUUAAUGAACCAAUGGACAUGGCAAAUUUUGAGCACAGUAUUCAGACGACCGUACAGCAUCCACACGGUUUAUAAAACAUAUUCAUGAUAAAGUUGUGUAUCAGAUUUUGUAGUCCUUGGCAAAUUGGUCGGUUUCCAUAGAGGGGCUUGAUAAAUCCUAUUUUCCAAAGGGACAAUUUCUGUUAAAUUGGGAAUUUGCUUCCCUUUUGCGACCUUCAAAAUUGGAGAACAUUGUAACAUAUGCCCAAUCCCUGAACCUAUGAACAACGCCUUCGGAGCCAAUUGUUGUUCAUAGAGUUCAUAGGUUCAUAGAGACAGAAAUAUAUUAUUUUAGAAUCUCCUUAGAAUUCGUGUGCAUUGCGCAUCACUUUCUUCUACAGAAAUAAGAAGCUUCAAGUCUGGAGAACUGGCCAUAGUAGACUAGAGCAAGUACUCAUGCAUACAAACUAUAAUAUGGGCCAUGUUUUCUGUUUUGCCCAGAGAACCUAAAAAAGUGUCUCAUGGUAGUCAAUGGUUGGAUGCAAGUCUAGAUAAUUUCCAACUUGACAACGACACAAAAUGAAACAUGGGGGAUUCUAGUAUUGUAGAUCAUUAAGAAAAAUAUAAUUCAAACCACAUUGGUUGAAACAUAAAUGAGUAGAAUGGGCUUCCAGAGAUGUGCCAAAAUGAGUUUAAUU